AUGUCUGAAGAACAGGAUCUAAGUAAGACUGACGAAUUUAUAAACAAAUCCGAUAUUUCCGAAGAUCUAAACAAAUCCGAUCAACAAAAGACUUUCGAAUCCGAUAAGAAAGUUGAACAAGCAGGUAUUUGCUACUGCGGCAAAGACAGGAAUUUGAACAUUAUAGAAUUGCUUUGCGCAAACUGCAAUAGAUGGUUUCAUGAAUCGUGCAUUGGUUACCAACUUGGAAAAUUGGUACCAUUUAUGUCUAACUACAUAUUCCUGUGUAAAAAUUGUUCCCCAACUGGUCUAGAAAGUUUUAAGAAAAGUCAAGCGCAAACCCAGCAAAUGUGUGUAACGGCAAUAGCCAACCUUCAACAGACAAGUUUUAAAGAGGGUUCAUGCAGAUUAACAUUCAGUAAGGACAAAGAAAUCAUACCUUAUAUUGAAUACCACUGGGAGGCACUUACUACAACUUCCAGAAGAGUAACACAAAGUUGGCAUUUUACGGUAACGAAAGCUUUAAUUAAAGAUAUACAUAUAUUAUUUGUAUUUGAAGAUAGCACAAAUGGUAGCCAUAUGUAUGGGUUAUUAAAUUCAGAUUUAACACAAAUCAAGCCAAAUUAUGAAGCUAUGAUAAAAGGUGGCUUGUUGAAAGUAACAGAUAUGGGUAUACAACAUAUUCCUAUGCAAGGUGGGGUAAAAUCUAGGAAUACCAAAAGAAAAUUUCCUGGAGAAUUGGGUGUACAGGGUAAGAAAGGUAGAGGAUUUGAUUUAGGUGCUGCAAAGCUUCCAGCACAUGGUUACCCACUUGACCAUCCCUUUAAUAAAGAUGGUUAUAGAUAUUUGUUAGCAGAACCUGAUCCACAUGCUCCAUUUAGACAGGAAUUUGAUGAAAGUUCAGAUUGGGCUGGAAAACCCAUUCCUGGCUGGUUAUAUCGUACAUGUAUACCUAGUACUGUGCUACUUGCAUUACAUGACAGAGCUCCACAGCUUAAAAUAUCUGAAGACCGCUUGGCUGUUACUGGUGAAAAGGGGUAUUCCACAGUUAGAGCUACUCAUUUUGUUACUAAAGGUGUAUGGUAUUGGGAGGCAACCAUUGAAGAAAUGCCUGAAGGGUCAGCAACACGUAUGGGCUGGGGACAAGACUAUGCUAAUUUACAAGCUCCUUUAGGUUAUGACAAGUUUGGGUAUUCAUGGAGAUCUAAAAAAGGUACCAGGUUUCAUGAAUCUGCAGGAAAGCAUUAUGGUGAAGGUUAUGGAGAAGGUGACACUGUUGGGUUUUUAAUUGAAUUACCAGUAAAUAGCAAAACUAAACUAAUUCCAAACACAUACAAAGAUAGACCUUUGGUAAAAUUUAAAAGCCAUCUUUACUAUGAAGAUAAAGAUAAUGUACAGGAGAGGUUGAAAAAUCUCAUUCCUUUACCCAAGAGUAAAAUAAUGUUUUUUAAAAAUGGAGAAUGCCAGGGUAGUGCAUUCGAAAGUAUUUACCAAGGGUCUUACUAUCCAAUUAUUUCAUUGCACAGGAAUGUUACAGUUUCCAUAAAUUUUGGACCUAAUUUUAAAUGCCCUCCAUCUACUGAACAUUUCAAGUACAAGCCCAUGUCAGAUAGAGGUGAGGAGUCUAUUUGUGAUCAAACUUUGGCUGAUCUGGUGUUUCUUAUUGAAAAUGAAGGAAAGUUAAGGUUGGAUAGUUUCGUACUAUGA